UUGAGGCUGUCCAUCCUCCCGCGGACUGGCGACCUGGGCGGGAGGCUGGUGGUGCGGAACACCUUCCUGCAUUUCCAGGAGCAGGAGAGCAGGAAGACGUGCGCCGCCGACUGCUGCGCACCUCGUCGUCGGCGCCAGCGCUGCUGCCCCCGCCAUCCGGGGUGCUCAGCGGCGAACCGCCGCCGCCCUCGGGGGCCGAGCCUCGCACCACCGUGA